AUGGCUGCGAUUGACGUUGAAACAUUCACCACUGGCCAGAUCGGCCUGUGGAAUGGAACACAGGACGGCAAGGAUGGCAUCGUCGACUACAAGAACGGGCAAGCAAGCGCCGAGACGAAUCUCCUGUUUCCACGAGAUGUGGAUAUCACGGUCCAAGACAUGCGAUAUCUGAGUCCUUCGCCGCAACUCAUGAAGAAUGGAUAUCAGCUCAUCACAAGUCCAACGGCCAUAUCCGAGCAAGACUUUGAAGCCGCCGACUCAACGACCAAAGACGUAAUCGAGAGCGAUUAUUACGAGGAAGUGAGCAGAGUGGUUCGAGAAAUGACGCAAUCCGACCAUGUGUUCCCGUACAACUUUGAGACUCGAAACCAACAGGCCAAGGUGCAGGACUACUUGAGGGACGCAAUAGACCAGCCAGGACCGCGCCCCGUUGCCCACGUCGACCGAGAUCUGCCAAAUGCCAUUGUAUCGCUGCAAUGCGCUCUGGGCAAGGAGAAAGCCGCGGACCUCUUAAAGCGGCACAAACGGUGGGCGCAGGUCAAUCUCUGGAGACCCAUCGGCCGCCCAGUUGUCAAGUGGCCGCUCGUCUUUGCGAAUCACGAUGCGAUUCCAGACUGGGACUACGACACGCACAUGGCCCGCGUCUACAGCGUCAACGAUCCCCGGAUCGCCGACCGAGGGGGCAAGAGUCACAACUGCAUCUUGAUCGACGACGAUCGAUACGCUUACCACUAUGCGAGCAACGUCGCUCCGGAUGAGGCGCUGGUGUUUUUCUCGUUUCACUCGGAUCCCAAGAUGGUGCUGCCGCAUGGAGCGUUUUGGGAUAACAAGACGCCGGACGAUGCGCCGCCGAGGCGAUCCCUGGAGGUGCGAUGCUUUGUAUUUUUCGAUGAUGUGGAAUAA